UUAAAGUGUUCUUGGUGUGCACUUGAUCGAUAAACUCAAUAAGAUUUUUAUUCGAGUAUAUUAUAAUCUGCCUUCAAUUGUAACUUAAAUUGAUAACAAGAAAUGUGAUUAUGUUCUGAAAAGCUAAGUAAAUGGAGAACCGAGUUUAGUAUGUUAUUUACUACAUAAAUGAUUGUUACACCGACAUUCAACAACAUUUGAUACAAAAUAACAAUCACAACAGCCGUAAUGAUCAUGGAAGAUUGACUCACUCCAUCUCCCAUUUAUCAAUCACCUUCAAUCGAUUUACAUCUUAAAGUUUACAAGGUAGCUGAUUAAUAUUAUUGUUGCUGUUCGCUUAAAUCAUCAUCUGCAUAUGACAAUUAUUGAAACUACAAUCUGACAAUCAGACUCUUUCCACUCAACCAACUGACUUGUUUUGCUGCUUCAAAAGGAAGGUAAACUGUCCUAGUAUCUAAACCGACUAGACAAUUGGCCCAACUGCUGAUUCUUAACCCAAACAUGAAAGUAAUUACCAUUUUAAUCUCAUUGUUGAUUGUUUUACCAAUCAAUUGUAAAACAUUUGGAAAGUAUUCCUUUCUUCAUGGUAAACCCAAAAGUAACCCAAUUGUUGAGACAACAAAUGAUCAGUUGAUCAAGGAUUUACUUUUAUACCACAAAGUGAUUCGUGAUUUCCAUGGAUUAGGUCCCCUUGAAUAUAGCGAGACGCUCAAGGAGUACGCUCGACUGAAAGCAAUGUUGGUCGCCUUUCAUGAUGGAUCCUCACACGCCAUUGGUGAGAAAUUACAUCUUGGUGAAAACAUUUGGUUUGAACCAACAGAAACCCAAACCAGUGCAAAAACCGUGAUCAAUGGCUGGUAUUACACACAAUUAAACAACUGGAAUUAUAGUGAUCCAAAGGUUUUACCAGAGAAUCGAAAUUUUGCUCAAAUUGUUUGGAAGACGACAACCCAAUUGGGUUGUGGACAAGCUUACUCUGCUCGGACAAAACCAGGAACCUACACUGUUUGUUAUUACUUCCCAGCCGGGUUAACACCAUCCCAGGAGUCAAUUAAUGUUCCCCCUCCAACAUCGUUAUCACCUUCAUCGUCCCUGCUCUCAUCGUCAACCUCACCAACAAUCAAUCCUCAAAAUUUGGAAACAUUGAUUGAAGGAAUGGUUAAUGAUUUGAACCAAAAUUAACCAAUGAUAACUUUUACCCCGUUUGUUUCAUUGUUUUCAAUUUCAACUGUGAACCUUGAUUAAACCACAACCAGAUUUGACAGAUUGAACAGCAAAUCUGGUUGAACUGGUUUUUUAGGUUCACUAAUUUUUUCACAAUCAAACAAACAGUCAAUUUGUUGAAUACAAAUCACAUUGAAAAUAAAAGACUAACAUUUGAAGAUGAGA